AUGGAGACCAGCGGAGAUGGGAAACGUCGCUUCCUGGUCAGCACUGUCACGAACUUCUACAGGCGAUACUCUGAUAUGCUGCCCCACCACCGCCACUACUAUGAAAUAAUCAGGGAGGGCCAGCCCUGCCACAUAUACUUUGAUCUGGAGUUCAGCAGAGCCCUGAACCCUGACAAGGAUGGACCUGCUGCCAUCCAGAGCCUGCUCGAAGCCCUGAGCUGCCUGCUCCAGGAGGAGCUUGGCAUGUCGCUGGAUAUCGCCGAUGUGGUGGAACUGGACUCCAGCACCCCCUCCAAAUUCUCCCGCCACCUCAUCCUCCGCAUCCCAGGCCACGCGUUUGCAAGCAACGCUCACGUGGGAGCCCUGGUCCGCCAGCUGUGCGCCCGAGCCAGGGAGAGGGGUCCCGACGGGCCUCUUGCGAUCGUGGCAGACAGCCCCCACCUGAAUGGUGGGCUCCCCCUGCUCGUGGACGAAGCUGUUUACUCCCGAAAUCGAGCGUUCCGCCUGCUGCUGUCCUCCAAGGCGGGGAAGGAGGCCACCCUGCAAUGCUCUGGCAGGUAUGGGGGCAGCCAGCUGACAGCCCAGGAGCUCUUCAUGGCAAGUCUCAUCUGCGUGGACGACCCGAAUGUGACGCUGCUGACUUGGCAGGCCGAUGAGCUGGACGACGGGGGCCAAAGCAACCGCACCAGCUCGCACCCUGGUUCUGGCAGGCAUGGGAGUCGCGCGAGCACCACAGGCAACCUGCGCAUGCACCACGGCCCCUGUCCCUUCCCGGAGCUGGCUGCCUUCAUUACGGCGGUCUGCAGCCAGGAUGGCGCAUGGCCACGGGCCGGCAUCCGGUCCUGGGCCAUGCAGGAGGACGCUUCGCUGGUCCUGUACAACAUCCGGGGGUGCCGGUACUGCGGGAACCUGGGGCGCGAACACCGCUCCAACGGCGUCUUCUACGUGGUGGACCUGCAGGGCGGCGGCUGGACCCAGCGCUGCUACGAUCCCGCCUGCCGCGGCUACCGCUCCCCCGUCACCGCCCUUCCUGAAGCGGUGCUGGCGACGUGCCAGGCCCGGGCGCAUGGGCUGGGAUCUGGCGGAGCAGGACCCUCUCCCGCCUGGGGUGCCUGCGACCUCUCCGACGCCGAGCUGAUACAGGCCGUGGACCGCUACGAGGCGUUGCAUGGAGGAACCGUGGCAAAGCCGGACGAUCAAGCCGCUGGCGGGCCCAGCCUCAGCCCUGCACCAAGGGACUGA